GUUUGAGCACAAUGUUCGACGUUGGUGUGCACAAUAUCCUUUCUCUUGUGUUGUGACCAAAUAUUACUUACUACUAAAGUAAUACUAACAGCGACGAAUGAUUUUAAUCUGGCUUACCACUUCCAGAUCAUAGCAUAGUUUAACUAACAAACAAGUUGAUAACUUUAUCAGAAAGAACAAUGUUAAAAACGAUGUUUACAGGAAGAGAGAAAUUGCUCAAUCAGCUACAUCAGGGAAAGAAUUAGAUUUUAUUCUAUUAAUGUACAUGGAAAUCUCAAGUUAGUGCGUAUGGCAAACUAGAGAAACCUAUGCUAUGUGUCUACAUUUGAUUUCCCAUCUUUGAGAAACUUAAGUUUGUUGAUCCUUCGACUCGUCCAUGUAGAGGGGCAUGAGCAGGCAGCACAAAGCAAAGUUUCCCCGUAUGGAUAGACUGAGGAAUCGAGAGAAAGGGACAAUACUUGCCUAAUUCUCUCGAUAUUGUCCUACUAAACAACAAAUGAAAACACUUUCCAUGUCUGGCUUGAAGCUAACUCACCGGUUUUGAUCUUGUCAAGCAUCUCACAUAUAAGAGAAAUAUGCGAGGUCUGAGCUGGACUUGGAUGAAUUAUUUUCAAAUUGUUGCAUGAUUCUUUCUAAUGCAAAAAUAUGUCAUAUUCGAAUGCGAUGACCAUGUGCUGUUGACGGUAAAAGUCCUUCAAAAUGAGAAACACAUCUUUUAGGUGAUCCCAGUUUAUGUCAAUUGGAAUUGUGAAGGUAGGAGGAGGAGGAGGGCAGGGCACCUUCCACUUCGACAUCGAACGAACUCGCAUAUGAAUUACCUUCCUCAGAGAGGUCCUACCAUCCCGACUUAUAAUCAAUGUUGAAGUUAUUCCCGCCAAAACACUCUCUCAAGCUCGUUGAAACCAAGAUUAGAUUUUUCACAUCAUUAUCUCCUCCCUCUGAUCUCACAACCAUAAUUCUCCAUUCCAAAACCCCUGAACAAGCCCUUGAUACUUUCACUUCCGUUUUAAAACAAAACCCAAACAACCCUACUAAGAAGCUUCACUUGUAUUCUGCAGUCAUCCACUACUUAACAGGUGCUAAAGUGUACCCCACGGCCAGGUGUUUGACAAAAGACCUAAUCCAAACCUUGCUCCAAUCCUGCACACCUCGCCGUGUUAAUUCUUUGGUUUUCAAUGCUCUUAGUCAGCUACGAGGAUCUAAAUUUAAUCCUAGUGUGUUUGGAGUAUUGAUUAUUGCAUUUUCUGAGGUGGGUCUUGUUGAUGAAGCCUUGCGAGUGUAUCUUAAGGUUGGGGCUUUCCCUGCAGUGCAAGCUUGUAAUGCUCUCUUAAAUGGACUGUUAAAAAAGAGUAGUUUUGAUAUCAUGUGGGAAUUGUAUAAUAACAUGGUUUCACGUAGGUUGUUUCCCACUGUUGUUACUUAUAAUGUGUUAGUUGAUGCUUGCUGUCGCCAAGGUGAUGUUUUGAGAGCUAAGAGUUUGAUCAGUGAAAUGGUGAAGAAAGGGAUUGAACCAACGGUUGUGAUCUAUACGACUCUUAUUCAUGGUCUCUGCAGCGAGAGUAAAUUGAUGGAAGCAGAAAGCAUGUUCAGACAAAUGAAGGAUUCUGGAGUUUUUCCCAAUUUGUACACUUACAAUGUUCUGAUGGAUGGUUACUGCAAAACAGCAAAUGUGAAACAAGCCCUUCACUUGUAUCAGGGCAUGCUUGAUGAUGGACUGCAGCCAAAUGUUGUCACAUUUGGUAUACUGAUUGAUGCGCUCUGCAAAGUUCGUGAAUUAUUAGCAGCAAGGAGAUUUUUUGUUCAGAUGGCUAAGUUCGGUGUGGUACCAAAUGUAGUUGUGUUUAAUAGUCUGAUUGAUGGAUACUCCAAGGCAGGGAAUUGCUCCGAAGCCACGGAUUUGCUUUUAGAGAUGGAAAAGUUCAAAAUUUCUCCUGAUGUUUUCACUUAUAGUAUUCUUAUCAAGAAUGCAUGUAGACUAGGAACAGUUGAAGAGGCAGAUGAUAUACUGAAACGAAUGGAGAAAGAAGGGGUUCCUGCAAAUUCUGUGGUAUACAAUUCGCUAAUUGAUGGAUACUGCAAGGAAGGGAAUAUGGAGAAAGCUUUGGAGGUUUGUUCUCAAAUGACCAAGAAGGGUGUAGAACCAAAUAUUAUCACUUUCUCUGUGUUAAUUGAUGGUUAUUGCAAGGUGGGAAAUAUGCAAUCUGCCAUGGGUUUGUACACAGAAAUGGUGAUUAAAAAUCUGGUGCCAGAUGUGGUUGCAUUCACAGCUUUGAUCAAUGGGCAUUGUAAAAGUGGCAACAUAAAAGAGGCCCUCCGUCUGUAUAAGCAUAUGCUGGAGGCUGGUCUGAGCCCUAAUAUUUUCACAGUUAGUUGCUUGAUUGAUGGGCUCUGCAAAGCUGGAAGGACAUCCAAUGCAAUUAAAUUUUUCUUAGACGAGGCUAGUAGGAGACUCCCUGACAAUCAAGUUAAUGAAAUGGGCAGUGGUUUUUUUUCUCCUAAUCAUGUGGUCUAUACAUCUUUGAUUCAAGCGUUAUGCAACGUAGGGCAGAUUUUUAAAGCUACUAAGUUCUUCUCAGAUAUGAGACGCAAUGGCUUAAGACCUGAUGCAUUGGCUUAUGCUGUCAUGUUACAGGGGCAUCUAAAUGCCAAACAUAUGGCCGAUGUAAUGAUGUUGCAUGCUGAUAUGAUAAAGAUGGGUAUUGUGCCAAAUGAAGUCACAUCUCAGGUCGUAAGGAGGGGUUAUCAAGACAAUGGAUACCUGAAGUCAGCUCUCUGGUGUUCUAGAGACUUGACAGAAUCAUGUCCUCGGACUCUUGAGUCUCAAAGCCCUGUGGAAGCUAUCAUUUUAUGAUGACAGAAAGCCAAAUUCAAACUGAAAAUGGAAAAUACGCUCCGGGUGUGAAGAUCAGAUCAUUAGGACUUCUGGGGGUGAUGCUCAUCUGCUAUCUAUCAGAGCUACAGAAGAAUAGUUAUAUAGCAAACUCUGAGAUUCCAUGUUGAAUAAAAUAUUUCACUUCCAUCCCAACAAUAUACAAUAAUUUUUUUAGAA